CUCUCAAAAGUAAUGGAUGAAGAUGCCCUCAAAAUUCCUGAAGAACAGGAACAAGUUCUUUCACGUUUGGAGGAGAAAUUUCCAGAACUUUUACCCCGAAAAGACAUUAUCACCUUCCUUCAGGAGGCUCAGUUGCAUGCUGAUGAGCUGAGGAUUGAAGAAGCUUUGGUCAAGGAUCUCAAAGAAGUGUCAGAUGGAGAAAUAAAAGUAGCAGUUAGUACCAUAUAUAUCAAUUUAGAGGAUUAUCUGUUUCACAGAAAUAUUAAUGAAGACCUGAAAGCAUUUGUAGAUAAAUACGGUUUUGAUGUCCUUGUCAUUUCGGCCAGCUACUUAACAGAAGGACAAGAAAAAAAGCAAAUAGCAGUUUAUUCAGAAAAUAUGGAACUAGGAAAUCAGAUUUGUUGUGAAUUAGAAGAAUGCCAGAAUCCAUGCCUGGAACUGGAUCCUAUGGAAUAUGGAUGUGACCAACUUCUCAUUUAUCAGCAAGAGAAUUAUAUAGCAAAUGGUGAUGAAAUUUUUUUGCUAAUGAAAGAUGUUAUCAGCAGGAGACAUCCUGAAAUGGCACCAAACAGUAGAACAUCUUCCACUGAAGCUGUUGCUGGAAGUGCUCCACUCUCUCAAGGGUCUUCUGGAAUUAUGGAACUAUAUGGUUCAGACAUUGAACCACAACCAAAUGUUGUCAACUUUAUAGAAAACCCUCAGGAUCAUAAUGGAUCAGCCCAAGCCCAUGCUGAUGUUAACAUAGAUCUUGUGAGUCCUGACAGUGGGCUUGCUACUAUUAGAAGCAGCAGAUCGUCUAAGGAGAGCUCAGUUUUUCUUAGUGAUGAUAGUCCAGUAGCAGAAGGGGGUGCAUCUCAUCACAGUUUUCUUUCUGGAUUUGACUCUUAUAGUCCCAUUCCUGAAGGAGCAGUAGCUGAAGAAGAAAAGCCUACAUCUAGGAAUUGCAGUGACAAUUUUGAUCUUUUCAGUUUUGAUUUAGUACCUAUGACAUCAGUUCAGACAAUGUCUUCACAUUCAGUGGACUGUUCUGUGGAUGAUUUCUCCCAUGACAGUGGUUCAUCAGAAGAACAGUUGUCAGCUAAUUCAAAAGCAGAUGACAAGACAAAUCUAUCAGAAUGUGACACUGCAAAUUAUUCAGUAGACAUACAAAGAAGUGAAGAAGAUGAUACAGUGACAUUGAAUGAAUCUGGCCACAAAGAAGAAAGUCACAGAGAUUUUUCUGAAAAAAAAUCAAGUUUGAUUGACUUGGAAAAUGAAUUUUCAUCUUGUCCAGAAAUAUUUAAAAGUGGCGAGAGAAGAACUCCACCAACCCCAAUGAAUAGCCUUGUGGAAACAUCACCUUUAGAUAGUGGGCCACCUUUAUUUUAUCCACAAGAUAUAAUUAAAAGAAUUAAUGAAAUUGAUCAUGUGAAAAAUCCUCAUUCUCGUAUUAGAUAUGGGAGCUGGUGGGAUGGUUUUGAAGUAGAUUCCAAAAAUGUUGAUACAUGGAAUUCAACUGAACCAGAAUCUGUAUUUCAGAGUCCUGAUUCAUGGAAAGAUUAUAAAGUAAAUCUGUUACUGAGACAGCAAACUGACAGAAGAGCUUCAGAUUCGGCAUGUAUGCAAAAGCAACCAAAGUAUAUGGAAUUUUCAAGAACAGAUAUUUGGAAAAAACCAUUUAGUCCUGCCCAGAAUUCUUUGGAAUAUCAACAAAAAGAUGAACAGCAAAUGGAAGAGUUUGCUAAUAUGUGGAACUCCAGUCAACCAGUUUCUGGACCAUGGAAUAAUAGUGGACAUAUAAAGACAUAUUUGCCUAACGUUUGGACAGAGUUUGAUCAUGAUAGCUCAAGGCCCACAGAGCAUCCAUGGAAAGUUCCUCAAGUGGAUUUGGAUCCCUUUUCACAAAAUUUUGAUACACAUUCUAUGUCUAAAUGUUUACUGGAAUUCUCUGUAGAUAAUCCAAGUGAAAAUCCAAAAAAUCAAAUAGAUUUAAGAUCUCAAAACAACGAGCAGCAUAGCUCAGUAGAAAAUCACAGAGCAUAUAAAAAUGCAAAAUCUGAUUUUGGCAUUGUGCAGAAAGAUGUUAAAUCGAUUAUGGAAAACCACAGUGACACUAAAUCCAGACAGUUUGACAAUACCACUGUAUGGGAUGCCUGUGAUUCAAACAUCAGAAAAGAUAUGCUUGGAAACCUUGCAUCUUGGGAAGAUCCCUUCCUGUCAUAUAAAGACCCAGAUUUUGUCACAUCAAAUACAUGUGAAGAUCUCAUUGUCUCUCCACCAGAUACAAACUAUUCAACAUCUGAUUCAUAUGUAUCACCCACAGGUAUUGGAGAUGAAAAAGAAAGUGAGGACAAACGUUCUGAUAGAGAGCCAAUCUUUAACCAAAUAAUAAACUCAAAUUCAGAUGAAACUGAAACAGAAACAGAAACAUAUGAUUUAGCAGAUGAUAAAUCAUUGCCACAAACAUUUCCUGUAUGUUCAUCUGAUUAUAGUGAAGCUUGGAAACUAACCCUUAAGAAUGAAAAGCAAAUUGAAGUUGAACAUUCUGAGCUUAAUAUUAAAGAUGCUGUUGUAUUUGAUACAGAACAAAAAGAUACAGUGCUUUUUUCAGGUGACUAUGAUGUUGAUGACAGUAGCCCUUCUGAAAACUAUGGAAUGAUGUUGGAUCCUGCACAAAAAAGUGGUAGUUCCCCGCUAAGUAGUAUCAUGUGCACAAUAGAAGAAAAAAGUGCGAGAAAUAAUGAAGUCAUUCUUGAAGACACAGGAUCUCCUUGUUUGGACCCAAAUGAUACAGAGAAUGCCAUUUUAGUUAAUUAUCAACUUAAAGGAAACUAUCAGUCAGAACAAGAAAGUAAGCUUCUGAAUCAGCAAUUUGACCAAAAAACUGAACAUCUCCAGCACAAUCAAGAAGUUGCAUUGGAGGAUAAUAGCUUAACUUACUCCUCAACACUAGAAGUAAUUAAAAAUAAAACUGCUGUAGGAUCAGUCACCCUUAAUGAUAUUAGGAAUGAAACACUGCAAAAUGACAGCAUGUCAUUGUCACUUUUACUACCUCUUUCAUAUGUUAAUAGUUCAGAAGAAAGCAGGACAAUUGCUGAAUAUCCCAGCUCACCAGAAAAAACAAUAACUAGUGGAAGUCUGGAAGAAAUAGCAGCAGACCCACCAGAAGUAAGUGUACCAUUUUCCAACUGGACUUAUCUUGUCAAGGAGGAAAAGAAGGAAGUAUCCUCAGAUAGUAAUGCAAAACAUUUUGUUAUGUCUCCCAAAGAAGAUAAUGAUAAUUUGGAACGUUUUAACAUGGUUGAUCAUCUAAACUACCAUUCAGAGGGGUUAUCUACACCAGUUUCUAAAUCUUUUGAUAAAGAUCUAUCUGCACAAAAUAUUCCUGAAAUGGAAAGUCCCUCUCCAAUUUCUCCUGGAGAAGAAUGUAAUCAAAUGGAGCAUUCUCCAAUAAUGGUUGAAAAUCAAAGCAUGAUUAAUAGAUCAGAAGUGAACACUUCAGAAUUAGAACCAUCAAAUCUUUUUUUGCAUGGUGAAGAACCACCAUCAAUAGGAGAAGAGUCAAUACCUAACUUGAACACUGAUAAAUUUGAAUUGGAAAGUUGUGAAGACGUUUCAGAAAUAGUCAACACUGAAGACACAACUUCAAAGGAUAAAAAUCAAGGAAUUCCACAGAAUCUACAUACAGAAUAUAUUGAACCCCUGGAUACAACAGAUAUGCCACAACCAAACAAUUCAUUACCCUAUAAAGCUGAUUCUUCUGAAAUAAGUGAAACUUCUGAAAGUCUGGAGAGUGAGAAUAAGUUUACUCAUGAAAAAUGUAUUGAUAUUAUACUGCAUCAUGAAUUGUCCCAAAUACUUGAUGCUUGGAAUAUAUCAGUGAGUGAACAGAUUCAGUCUGCUGGACUAAGCCCCAUGAAGAAUGAAAUGCCAGAAGUAUCAAGUAAUUCCCCUGCAAAUAUUUCCCUCAAAAAUAUGUAUGAGGAAGAUAAUAGCAGUGGUGGUUCCAUUCACGAUGAUAUAUACUCAAGUCCAACAAGCCCAGAUAUAAGUGAUUCUUCAAGUAACAUACAUACCAGGGAGAGUUUUCAAGGAGCUAAUAAUCAGAAUAAGAGUGAAAGUAUAUGGGACAUUACCAAUGAUAUCAAAAUAGAUGAAUCUGGGAAGGAAUCCCUUGAAAAUAAAAGCCAAGAAGAUUCUGAAACAAAUACUGAUCAUAAAGUUCCUAAAAACUUAGAUCUUUGGAAUGCUCAUGUGGAUGAUGAUACAUCUUCUUUAUCAAGUCCUGGAACAGAUGAAGAUUCAGAAUUUUCAAAUACACAUCAGGGAGCAAUAGAGUCAGAUUUAGACUCUGACAAAUUGGAAGAUGAUGUGAGAGAGCAGGAAUCUUUGCAGUUCCAUGAAACAAAUCAUAUAGUUGAUUCAAAAAAUUCAAAUGCUCAGCCUAAUUUGAAAGAAAAUGUCCACGUGGAUGCAUUAAAUAAAACUUCUGAAGAUGUUAAUAUUUUAAGAGAAGGCUAUGUCCAUGAAACUUCUGAGUAUUUUAUAGAAAAGGAAAUAGAUCAGGAUAAUGUACAUAAUCAUAUUGCACAAACAUCUGCUCUAAAUAAUGAAGAAUUUUACAGUCCAAAUAAUUUAGAUGCCUGGGAUAUUCUGUUGCAAGAUAAUGCAAAAAGUGCAUUAGGCGAAAAGAAAAAAUCCAUAGGAGAAUGUUUUGGAUUUCCAGAUGAUACUUUAGAAUGGUGGAAUUUGGAAAAACAGGAUGAGAGUUCACUUGGAUCAGAUCAAGGUAGUGCAAACACUGGAAAAUAUGAUGAACUAUCAUGGCCACAUAAUGAUGAAACAGAGAGAAGACAAGAACCCUCUCUUAAUACUGUUAAACAAACUGUUCCAGAAAACUGGCAGACAAGCCUAUUAAAUGCACUUGCUCAGGGAGAUCUAAAACUUGGUCCAUUAAAAAAUAAUCCAAACAUAAUAACCAGAAAUCAAUUUGAUGCAAACAUAAUAAAUCAAAACAGUGAAACUCAGCUAGAGACUACUGACAAAUCUCCAUCUGAUCCUUCACUAUCUGUAACAAAAUCUUUGAGCUCAACAGCUACUGAAGAAAAAAUUGCACAAGAAAAUUCAUUUGUUCCUGAUAUAUUACAAAAUAGCACCCCUGGAGACUGUCAGAUAUUCAGUACUGAUCCAGAUUUGUGGACUGAUGUUGAUCAGCCUUUCAUUUUGAGAACAAACAGAGAAAACCCAGAUAUAUUAAAUCACUUUGAUCAAGACAGCAGUUCACAGGCCUCAAGCAGUCCUGAUGUUUGCCAGUAUGAAAGUAAGGAAACAUGUGCACAAACUUCUGGACUAGCUGAGCAUGAGGAGCCCAAUGAAAUGUCCCCCUUUUUGUUAGAAGACACUGAUUUUCAUUUUAAUCAGCAACUAGCAAUUGAUAAAGAGGAAUUAUGUCCUGAAGAAAACAGCUCAUGUCUUUCAAAUAAUUAUGAGAUAAUCUACCAAGGAAAAUCUUCUACAAGUGACGAACCAUCUGAAAUUGAAAAAGAAAAUAUUAUUCAGGAACCUGUUUUCCCCACAGAUAGUUUUAUAUGUGAUAAUUUUCCUGGAAAUGAUCAACUUUCAGCCUUUGACCAUGUAACAGGAUCAGCUGAACAGCUGAAAACAGUGCAUACUAUUGAUGACACUGGAAAAGAGUAUAGUAUGAAUAAAGUACCAAUAACUAAUAACCUAUCUGUGAUGUUGAAUGAAACUAAUCCUUUGACAGUCAUUGAUGAAUCAGAGAAAACAGUAGAAAUGGAUCCAGCACUUACAAAGAAACACUUGCUGCAAGUCUCAGUAGAAGAAAAGAAGGAAGAUUUCCUGUAUAAUACAGAAAGACAAUAUUCUGCAGAUAGUCUACAAAAUCUCCAAACUAUGCAGGAAAACUGCAGUCCACAGUUUAUAGAAUUACCCAAUAAACAAUCAGCACUUCUAUGUGCUUCUUCAUUUGGUGUAGACACUCUUCAAAAAGAUGGUAUGAAUAUUUCAGGAUCUAACACUACUGUUAUAAAAGAUGAUAUUGCAGAAUUUUCUCAACAGGGUUGGGGAUCCCUGUUAUUAGAAUCUGAUGGGACUCCUGGAUCUUCAUGUACUUUGAAAGGAUUUGAGUUUGAAACAGAUUCAAGUAAUAUUGAAUCCCCAGUUGGUAGCAGUGAAAUUGACAUUACAGAAUCUAAAACUACCAGUUUAAAAAGUGAGAUUGCAGAAGAUCAAGAAAAUCAAGGCUGGGAGUCAUUUUUAUUAGAAUCUGAUGAGAUAUUGCAACCUUCAUGUGUUUUUAAAAAACCUGUACAUGAAAUAUAUUCAAAUAGAAUUGAUUCACCAGCUAGUGAAGAUGAAAGUAAUCUUUCAGAAAAGAAAUCCGAUGAUGUAAAUAGCAAGGCUGGAGAAAGUUCUGAAGACUGGGGUUCUUUAUUGUUAGAGUCUGAAGUAAUUCCCAAGUUGACAACUUAUUUAAAAGAAUGUGCAUAUGAAGCAGAAUCAACUCACAUUGAUUCACCAGCAGGUGGAGUCAUAAGUGUAGCCAACGAAGCUGUCUGUGAUAUAUUUAAUUAUGAUAGUAAAGUGGCCAAGUUCCUAGAUAGGACAAGAAAGGGCAAUAAGGAAGAUACACAAUUACAGGAAGCCGAAGAACAGUCUUCUUUAGAAAUGGACUAUGUCCUUAUUAGUGGUGAAGAAAAUAUAUCUUUGACAAAGGACUUACUGGUAACACAAGAAGGCAAUUUCCCUUCAGCAGUUGCUGAACAAAUGGAUUCUCUUGAAACAUUUUCAGCAGACUCCUCAGAUACAUUACAGUCAAUCUCCAUAAUAAAUGAAAGUGAAGGGCAGUCUACUCUGGAGAAUGAAUGGGACUCUUUUUAUUUAGAAGAGAAAAGUUCUGCUGUUGUGCCUCAAAAAUGGGAAGAUGAAAAGAAAUCACCCAGCAUCCCUGUGCAAGACCAGGAAUGGACUAUGGUAGGCCAAAAUGGAGAGCAUGAUGUAUCACCUGAAGAUAACUGUAGUAAGCCAGUUACAAUAGAGUCACUGUGCAGACAAUCUAUUAAAGAAUUAGACAAUGUUUUAAGCCAGGAACUGAUCUCUGAGACCCAAGCUGAAAUUCCACUUGAUAAAAGCCCUCGCCAAGCCUGGGAACAAGAGGACAAGAUUUCAUGUGGUACAAAAACAGGUGCUCCUUUAUUGCAAGUGGUUGCUACUGAUGGUGAAUUGGAUGAUCAUCUACAACAACCUCCUAGAAACAGUAGGGUAAAAGAACAAGAAAUGGAAGAUGAGACCCAGUUUGUUGGCAGUGAAACAGAGCUCAAUCAAACAGUAGGGUAA